AUGAGAAAUCGUUCAAGUAAACUUCAAGAAGAUCUUGAUUCAUUACAAAAACGUAAAACACAAUUAGAAUUUGAAGUGGUGAAAAAAAAUACAUUGGACAAUAACAGCAGAAAAUUUACAAAAAAUUUGCUUGGUGAUGUUUCAGUUUCAUCAGGUAUUAUUGGUUAUUUAAGUCCAUUUAUUAGUUCAUUGCAUGAUGAACCUAUUCAUGGUGAAAAAUAUUCUCUAGCUGAAACAUUCGAUAAACCAAUUCAAAUUCAAGUUUAUUUACCCUUCAAAGUUUUUAUAAUAAAAAAAAACGAUGGUGUGUGGGCUGUAGAAGGUGAAGAAAUUGAACCUGAUUUGAUUCAUGCAAAAACAGAUAAAUUUCAAAAAGGUAUAGUAUUUUGGGGUGCAGUAUCAGCACAAGGUCUUAUCCCAUUACAAGCACCAAUGAAUGUUACUAAAUGGUUAGAACAACAACGUACUUUAUGCAACGACAAACGAAAACGAAAGUAUUUAACAAACAAAGUAUAUGCCAAAUUCUUACAAGAAAAGGCUGCUCCGGCAAUCAAAGCAGUAUUUCGAAAAACUAAACUAGAUCCAAUUUUUCAGGACGAUCAGGAUCGAAAACAACGAACAACAUUAGUAAGAAAAACAGUAGAUCAACUUUUUAGUGAACGUAUAAAACCAGUCGAUGGUGAUACUAAAUUUGCCGAUGUAUGGAGAAUCGAAAAUGUAUGGGGAGCACUUAAAGAAAAAAUUCGUGGAAAAGUGUUUGCCACAUCAAUUGAAACAGAAAAAGAAACAGAAAAAGAAUGGAAAAAAUGA